AAUUAGCUUGAGUCUCUAAAUCAAGAAGUGACAGCAACAAAAUAAAAUAGUAAUAAAAAAAUAAAUGGAUGGUGUAGGAUCAAAGCAAAACCCACUCCACAUAAUUUUAUUCACUAUACCAACUUCUUGCCGCCAUGUGGACUUCUCUCUCUAAACACUGUCGCUAUCUGAACUAAAACCGAUGAGUUCAUCAACUUCAAGGAAUCAGACGGCCGCCGAAGCACAACCGUCCACGGAUGUCGUGGCGGAAGGUUCGUCGAAGAAGGUGAGGAAACCUUAUACCAUCACCAAGUCCAGGGAGAGCUGGACGGAGGAAGAGCACGACAAGUUUCUCGAAGCGCUUCAACUGUUUGAUCGAGACUGGAAAAAGAUAGAAGAUUUCGUGGGUUCCAAGACUGUUAUUCAGAUAAGGAGUCAUGCUCAAAAAUACUUUCUAAAGGUUCAGAAAAACGGGACACUAGCACAUGUACCACCCCCUCGCCCUAAGCGCAAAGCAGCUCAUCCAUAUCCUCAAAAGGCAUCUAAGAGCGCUCAAAUGCAACUUCAAGUUUCAACUUCUUGGGAUGACGCAUCAAUGCUGCUAAACAGAGUUAUUUCACCACAUCAGGAACUUGCUACCUUUCGUGGACCACAAGCUGAUAUUGGACCAAAGGGUAUAUUAAAUGUUAGUAGCCCUUCCACAUCCGGUAUGGGAAGCUCAAGCCGAACUAUAUCAGGUUCUGAGAUUGUAGCAAAACAGCCUCCAGUGCUUCAUGUUGUUCCUGAUUUUUCUGAAGUUUAUAACUUCAUCGGGUGUGUGUUUGAUCCUGAAACGAGACUGGAUCACGUUGAAAAGCUCAAGGAAAUGGAUCCUAUAAAUUUUGAAACUGUUCUGUUAUUGAUGAGAAACCUCACAGUUAACUUAUCAAACCCUGAGUUCGAAUCCGCUUCCGACUUUAAUGAUGCUGCAGAGGAAAGCACUUUCAUUAUAUGAGGUGAAAACCGAGCUCCCAAGCGUUACCACUGGCUCAUUUUUCCAGAACUCAACAAGCGAUCUUAACAAAGGUAUCAGCCAUUAGUUACCAAGUAAGUCUUCUCUUCAUCCUUCUCAUGCAUUUCAAAUACAAUGCAUGAAAAUAUUAGAACUAGGUAUCUGCGUAGAUGUACACGUCUAUUAGCAUCGGGCUGAUUCAAAGGUCUGCAUUAAGAAGAGUUAUAGAGUUCUCACUGGUAGUCUCAGUCAGUAGCUAGAGCUAGAUAGAUUUGGAAAAUUUUACAUGUGGACAUACUUUUUCCUUCUUCCAUAUCACUUAGACAUACUCUUUUCAUGUCCAGUACUUUCUUAGGAAAGAAUGACCAAACUACCCCAAAACUACAACUAGCUUAGUUACCUUUUUUAAUUUAUAUUUCUAGGGGUGGGCAAAAAAAUCGAACCGAACCGAUCGAACCGAACCGACCGAACCGAAACUGAUUCGGACCAAACCAAAGUCCAUUUCAAAUCUUUCAGUUGAAGAUUUUUCCAAUCCGAACGGUUCAGUUCAGUUCGGUUUAAACCAAACCGAACCGAUAAACCGAAAUGUUUUUAUAAUUAUUUAAAUUAAAAAUAUUAGUAAUAUCAAGAUAUUAAAAUCCUAAGAUAAAGCCCACUUAAUUUCCUUUUGCACGAAGAAAAUCCUAAUAUAAUUUGAUUUCCAUGACACUUCGUCUAAUUUUUGUAAUAUUCGUCAUUGAGCCUACAUAAUAUCCAUGGUUAGUUUUUUCCGAUAGCGUAUACUUUUAAACCCUAAAAUUAAAACCUAAACCAAGUCUAAUUAAAUUGAAUUGAAUUUACAAAUUUAAUUUUUGAUUAUGUCCAACACGAUUAUUUCAUGACAACCUUACAUUUAUGUAUUAAAACAUGAUUUCUUGUACAAUAAAUAAACUAAGAGAAAUCCGAUUAAACCGAACCGAACCGAAAUACAAACCGAAUCGAAUACAAACCAAACCGAAUAUAAACCGAACCGAACAUAACCGAACCGAAAUCGAUCCAAACCAAACUAACUAUAGUUUACUUCAGCUGGAAAAAUUCUAGAACCGAACCAACCAAACCGAACCGAACUCGAACCGAACCGAUAAAAUAACCGAAGUGCCCACCCCUAUAUAUUUCUUUUUAUUUUUACCUCACCGUAACCCAAUUUCAUCAUCUCUUUCAUCUCUAUCUUCUUAGAAACCCUAGAUUUCGUCAAUUCCCUUCUCGCCGCCGCAGCUCAAGAAUCAAAAGUUUCAGCUUUAUGCAAUCUUUCUAUCUCUCUUUCGAUUGUAAACCCUAAAUCCACUCCACCUUUCUGCUUGUUUAAUUACCGACGAGGAUUCCUGGACAGAUUGCAAACUGCCCGUCUUUGCAGCAUACAUGUUUUAGAGGAAGCGAUUGAAUCUCGUCGGUACUGUCAACAUUGAUUUGUGUGGUUAGGGGUAGGAAACAUGUGGUCAGCAACAUCGAUGAUGUGGUCACUAGAUGAGUGGAACCACCGAGGUGUGUUGGGGUUUGUUGGUUAGGGGUAGAGGUGUCGUGGUCAGGGGUCACACUUGUAGUACGAUAGUUGGGGUCAUAGGUGGUGUGGUGUAAUAUGGAUGUUAUGUUUUUACAUGUUAUUAGGUUGUUACCUUAGUGGAGAGAAGAAGGGUUCGGGUUGGUGAGCAUGUCGUGAGUAUUAUGGUAGUUGUCAUAUACUUAUACGGUAAUUGAUAAAGAGUUUGGUUGGUAAAACACGCAAUAUAAUACUGGCUGAAUUUUGGAGAGGUACAAGUUGGGUCAUCCGUGCGGAUGUGGUUAGCCUCCUCUAUUUUCUGACCACAUGAAUCCCAGAUGAAGUGUUUAAAGGUGAGUUUAAUAAAAAAGAAAUAUAACUGAAGGAGAAAACAUAGGAUAUACAUUUAUUAAUAAAUAAUUGAGAACGUGACUUGUGUUUUAAAAGAAACAAAACUGGUAUCUUUUUGGUUUUAUCUAUCUCUUUUCAACCAAGGGUAAUUUUGUCUAAACAAAAUCAAAAAGCAAGUCUAAAGUACACUACCAGCAAGAAGUAUGUCAAAGUGUAAGGGUCCAAGACUAAAGUAUGUCUAUAUGUUAAUCUCUCA